AUGUCUGAUCCCCGUAUACAAUUCGAUGAUGGCCUCCAUCCUGUUCGAUCGCAAAGCGCUGGAGUGUAUAGACUCAGGAGCAGGGAGGUGGCCGGAGUCGGAAGCAUUCACACACCCAGUCAGUCUCGAAGCACCAAGAACGAAGCAUAUGGCAUGGAGUCAGAGACCAAUGUAGAAGAUCGUGACUACAAGCCCAAGCAAUCCUUUACUGGCUGGCCAUUGGCAUGGCUUGCAUAUCAGUCAAUCGGUGUCAUCUAUGGAGACAUUGGUACCAGCCCCUUAUACGUGUACUCCUCUACGUUCACCGCCAAUCCAAGCUACGAAGAUCUCCUCGGAGCGCUCUCUUUGAUUAUCUGGAGCGUUACGAUCAUGGUCACCGUCAAAUACUGUUUGAUUAUCCUUCGGGCAGACGAUGAGGGAGAAGGGGGUACAUUUGCCCUCUUUUCACUCUUGUCGCGCCACGCAAAUAUUGUGCGUCGCGACCCUCGUGAAGAACAGAUGGUCAGAAUGGAACGGCAUAUUACUCGUGAACUUGGCAAGCCUGCCCAAAAAACUCGAAAUCUUAUGGAGCGCUCCCGGUUUCUACAGUGGAUAUUGAAGAUUAUGGGCGUCUUCGGGGUUGCUCUGGUCAUGUCUGAUGGCAUUCUCACCCCUGCCCAAUCUGUUCUUGGUGCUAUCCAGGGCAUCUCAGUUGCCUCUCCAGGUAUUUCUAACGGCGCCGUUGUUGGUGUGUCAUGUACCAUUCUGGUGUUCCUGUUUCUCCUUCAGCCUUUCGGCGUGACCAAGCUCGCCAGCAGCUUUGCCCCGAUUGUCAUCAUCUGGCUCUUACUCAAUGCAGUCUUUGGGAUCUAUAACUUGGUUCAACACGAUCACACAGUGUUGAAAGCAUUCUCUCCGUAUUUUGCUGGUGCCUUCCUGGUCAGGAAUAAGAUUGAGGGAUGGAAGAGUCUGGGUGGUAUCCUCCUUGCCUUUACAGGUUGCGAGGCACUCUUUGCUGACUUGGGGGCAUUUACGUUACGAGCUGUCCAGUUAUCUUGGCUGUUGUUUGCGUUUCCCUGCCUCUUGUUAGGAUAUGUAGGCCAGGCUUCUUACAUCGCAGAAGAUCCUACCGCGUGGACAAACCCAUUUUACAACACUGUCCCCCCUGGCUGCCUUUAUCCAUCACUUGUCAUUGCGAUUUUGGCAGCAGUCGUUGCCAGUCAGGCUAUGAUUACUGCAGUCUUUCAACUCUUGUCGCAGAUCAUGAAGCUUUCUUACUUUCCUCAGAUCAAGGCAGUGCACACAUCGAAAGUCUUCUUCGGCCAGAUUUAUAUUCCCAUGGCCAACUGGCUCCUCAUGAUUGGCACGGUCGUCGUCACAGCUGUCUACAAUAACACUACAAAUCUCGGCCAUGCCUACGGUGUUUGUGUCAUACUGGUGACUUUUUUCAGCACCUGUAUGGUGGCGCUUGUUGCGUUGAUUGUCUGGAAAGUACCGGCAAUCACCAUUCUCAUCGUCUGGCUUAUAUUCGCCCUUUUUGAUGGCGCAUUCCUGUCAUCAUCUCUGACCAAAGUGCCGGAAGGGGCUUGGUUUACACUGGUUCUUGCCGUCGUUCUCUCCUCAGUUUUCAUCCUCUGGCGGUUUGGCAAGGAGCAACAGUGGCAUGCUGAAGCAUCAGAUCGUUUCCCACCAUCUCAUAUGCUUCGAACGACGGAUGGUUUGCCAAACGCAGCUCUUCAACUCACUGGCGCCUUUGGGAGCCAUCAACUUACUCGCAUCAACGGCAUUGGAGUCUUCUUCGACAAGACUGGUGCUCCUUCGACAACCCCAACUGUCUUUAUACAUUUCCUGCAGAAGUUUCAUGCAGCAUGCGACGUCAUCAUUUUCUUCCAUCUCCGGCCACUCCACAUCCCGACGGUGGCACCUGGAGAGCGUUAUACCGUUACCCAAUGUUAUGUCGGAUCUGAAGGCCAGAGCAGACGACCGAUGCCAAACUGCUAUCGAAUUAUCAUCAGACAUGGAUACACCGACGAAGUCGUCACUCAUAAUCUGGGUUUGCUCCUGUACGAGCAGGUGCGUGACUUCAUCUGCAAAGCACGUGUAGUCGCACCGUUCUCACCAUCCACAAACGGCGACAAACGUCAUAAUGCCACCAUCAAGGAUGUCACUUUCAAUCAGCGGUCUAUCGACGCAAGCCGCCCAUCCUUUGAGUCCACCAAUUUGGAGUUGGUGAGCAAAUUGGCCGAACUCCGUCAGGCAUAUGACAGCCAGGUAGUCUACAUCGUGGGCAAGGAGCAGAUGAGGAUCAAAGCUGGCACUAACAUCGCCCGGCGAGCACUGCUGGAAUUGUUCCUUUGGAUCAGGGAAAACAGCCGUACGAAAGUGCAAGCACUGAAUAUUGCCGUGGACAAGCUUGUUGAAGUGGGUUUUGUCAAGGAGGUAUAA